GUUUAAUAUUAUUUGUGUUAUCUGCCGCUGUUUUUGUUUAUUCCCAAAAAAAAAAGAAAUUUCAAUUAACACUUAAAGCCAAGUGCACAUAAAUCUAAAUGGGAGAUAACAAAAUAUGCGAUAUUAGCAACGAGGUGCUCGAGGAAUUGAAAAAGUUUCGCUUUCGUAAAAGCAUUACCAAUUCAGCGCUGAUAUUAAAAGUCGAUAGGGAAAAGCAAUCGGUGGUGCUUGAUGAGUUCAUUGAUGAUAUUUCUGUGGAGGAGCUGCAGGACUCGUUGCCUGGCCAUCAGCCUCGCUAUGUGAUUUACACAUAUAAAAUGGUGCAUGACGAUCAGCGUAUAUCGUAUCCCAUGUGUUUCAUCUUCUAUACGCCGCGAGACAGUCAAAUCGAACUGCAAAUGAUGUAUGCCUGCACAAAGAGCGCGCUGCAGAGAGAAGUGGAUCUAACUCGAGUUUACGAGAUACGUGAAUUGGAUGAGUUGACCGAGGAUUGGCUGAGGGCUAAACUCAAGUAGAUGCAGAUCAAACUCUGACUGUCAUACAUACAUAUAUAGAAAGCAAUAUUUUACAACUAGUUUCUCAUAUAUACUUGAAAUGGAGCCGAAGCGAAAUACCAACGAUAACGAUACAUACCAAACAGCAAAACAAAGCAAUUUAACAAAUAUGACAAUUCCUUUUUUUAUAAACAAAACAUUUUACAUUAUUUAUACAAAGACAAGAAAAAGAUAGCAGCAAACAGUGUAAACUUAUACAUUUAAAUGUAUUUGUAAUGAAUUUUUAUAGUGAUUUUAGUUGUGCAUUUAAGAAGCAAGACAAAUGAUCUUAUA